AAUAAUUUGCAAAUUGUGAGUCGACUGUUUAACCUUCAUCGUGCGGACGACCGAUCAAUUUUACGUCCGUUUGUCACUGGGCGAUAACUAACUACCGACUUCGUUGUUUUUUCUGGUCCAUCCAGUCCGUUUUACAGCAUCGUUCAAGAUGGGAAUCGGCGACUAUCCUGUCGAAUACAACCCAAAAGUCCAUGGACCGUACGAUCCUGCUCGUUAUUACGGCACACCCGACAAACCUUUUGGGCAACUAAAACUGGGAGAGGUCACUGAAUGGGUGGGACGUCGUAACAAAUCUCCAAAAGCAAUUGCUGGAUUAUUUUCCCGCGCAUAUUGGAGAUGGUCACAUAAAUAUAUUCAACCGAAACGUACAACAGUUGCUCCAUUGAUUCAUAUUCUUGCAGGUUCCAUGAUUUUUUUCUACGCUAUUAACUAUGGCAAAUUUGUUCAACAUCGCAACUACAAACACCACUAAUAGUUAAAUAUUAAACAGCAGAAUUUAUAUUAUUAGUUUGAUAAACAUGAUUUAAUACACUUAUACAAUAUAAUAAAAUACAUGUAUUUCAAAACAACAGAAUAUCUUUUUUAUGAAGUUAGUAUCAAUUUGUAAUAUUUAUAGACAUUAAAAAAAUUAUAAUUGAAAAAAA